AAAAUCACAACGCAUGACGUGUACUCGCCUCCCUGUACUGAGAACGGCAGUGCUAUGGUGGAAGGUACUAAGGCGCACACUAGAUUGUUGUAUUUGUGAUACAACUAACGCUAAACAUGCUGAGCUCAGAUAUGUUGAAAUUCGCAGAGCCAAUCGGACCUGGUCAGAUCGUGGACCGCCAGUCUUUAGUAUCCAUGCCGUCCGGCUAUGCGAAGAUCUUGCUCAGCAAGCAAGAGCAAGAAGUUUCAAUCCGUGUCAUCACAUUUGAAGAAAGAUAUAACUCAAAAGAAAGCGUGCUUAAAACAUCUUCAAAAGUUUUCCUUGCUCUUGGUACUCAAGUGGUCGAGGCGGAAGAGCGAUUUAUUCUUGCCCAAGACGACAACGAGCCAGUAUCGAAGAAGUGGAUUCAUGUACUGGACAGAAAUCGUCUGAAAUCGGAUAAAACGACCAAUGAAAUUCUUCAGGUGUGCGUAUUUUCGUCUGUAUCUCUCGGCGGAGGAAACAAAACGCUAAUAGGGAUGGUUCACAUAGCGUUCGAAGAAAUACAACGCAUGCUGCCUGUACCGUCAAACAAAUUUGUCACCUCGGGGUGGUAUAAGGUGUUUCCAAGUUCUUCGUUUGUGGCUGGUUGCCCUGUAGCAGCUGGCACCCCGCAUUGCGCCAACCGCUGUACAAGAACUGGGGAUCACAAAUCGUUCCAGACCCGUUUAAUACACCCAGAUACGUCCCCUAAGUUCCAUUCAUUAUCUUUCGAAGAUGUAUGUAAAGACGUUAAGACAGGAGGGAUAUCACCACCAGCGCACACCCAUCAAUUCACCAGCUCCAAAUCUCUGCGGCGUUUUACAAAGUACAGCGCUAGUAUAGGGUCGUUUAUGCGGCUGGUGCAUCGAGUCAAAAUCGACAAGCCAGUGACCGAAACUCAAGGCGAUUCGUCCUCUUCAGUCGAUGUUGGGUACGAGAGUAGUGGCAACAGCAGUUGUAGUAUUCCUUUAACAUCAACCAAAGAAAGUACGCCUGAGAUCUGUGAAGCGGAAACAACAAAACCUGAAGCACAGCAGCAACCCAAUAACAAGAUACUUCGUAGUUUGUCAAUGUUAUCAAGACGCACCAAGAACUGUCCGAUCAGUCGAAGAAGUUUUAGCAUAGCAGAUAAACAAAAGGGUCUCAAAUAUAAGUCUACAUUUCGAAGAUCAGAAGAGAUCACCGCGUUGCCUAUUCCUCCGACAGAAAUGGACCAAAACUCCUUCAACUUUUCAUCCUCGUGCCCGCUGUCGAAAGAAGAGGACUUGGAAACUGGUAAAAACGGAUCGAGAAUGACCGAGUUCUGUGGCAGCGCGUUUCUUAGCGCGGCCGAUGCACGGAAAAAGGCGUAUAGAGAAUCGAGCAGUCGGCACAAUUGGUCUUUAGAGUCAGCUCACUCGAGUGGUGGGCAGUCAAUCAGUGAUAACAGUACUGGUGCGCAGACAUCUAUAUCCCCUGAAGAACGUUCUGGUAGUUCUAACCGCAUAACGAUGACCAAGCUUUUUAAAUCAAAGGUGUCUUCUCUGGAUAACCCGGCAGGCAAAAAACGAUCCUCGAAAGCAAAAAUUUCAUUUGGAAAAUUACAUUCAUCAUCUACUGUCUCAUCCAACAACACGGACUCUGAAGAAUCCAUAGGAGAAGACAACGUGUACGCUGUUCUCCUUUCGCUGAAAAAUAUGAGCCAAGAACCGGGCGCUGUAGUAGCCUCGACGCAAAGUCGAACCUUAAGCGAAAGGUCCAACGUUUAUAGCAAUUCAAUAUCCACCGUAUCGUCUGCUUCAAUGAGUUCAAUUGGUUUUGCAAGCGCUGAAAUGACUGCUGGUAUAAGACCCCGGUCCACAUCUGUGCAAGAACUACACAAAGGCGAGAAAGGCACGCUUGACAAUAAUGCCAACCUUAAGGUGAAAUAUCAACAUCGAGAGAAGCGCCUGACUAAACAUCGCAGUAAAAAGACGAAGCAAUCGACAGAUAGUUCUCAAAAACAGCGAUCACACUCCUUCGCAAUCUCUCCAAAUAUUACCGUUGACAGCCCGUCCGACUGCACUAGCCCUGAAAAUAGCGAAGAAAUCGAAAUGAUAUUUUUCAGCCCGAAAUCAGAAAAGCGUUCGGUGCAAGCUGUUAAUGGCAAACUUAGUUCUAUAUCAGCUUCUCCCGAUACGUCUUUGCUCUAUGUUAAGAAAAUCAGAUCAAACAGUAUAAAGUCUGAAAGCGAUGAUGAAUACCACACAUGCAACAGCGAAAGGCAGAGUCUCACUGACCUUACUACACUGUCUUAAGUAGGCAUAUAAUUACCCACAAAGUAACAUACUUGGUAAAUCGCUGGAACAAGGUGUAAAAACAACCGUGUUAUAACGACUGUCGUUUUCCGGCCACCAAAGUGAAGUAAGUUACAUUCAUAAACUUAAACGAUUAUCGCCGAGCGAACGAUUUGGGCCUCUUUUUUCUAAAGGCAUCAAUUCCAAUGCAAAAUAUUCAGUUCAACGUAUAACGAUUUAUGUUCCAACCGUGCAGUACAUGUUGUAAAACUGGAAAAGUGUUAUUUUGCUGCCAGUGUUUUUGCCCAUGCCUAUUAUUGCAUCUAAGUAGUAUACACCUGAGUCUAUAUUAUUUUAUAUGGCUCUGGUAUACACGAUAUACUUUACUUGUUUUUUUGUGACUUUUAAAUCUUAAUAAUUGGUAAUACCAAUUUCGUAUUGAACUAACCUAUAUGUUAACGCUUCUGCAUUUCGUUCAAUUUUAUUUGCUGUUUAUUUUUAUCUGUCAAACAAACUGUGAUUGCCUAAAAGUUGUUCAUGUAAUACAGAAUUAACAAACUGUUA